CAGACCCGAGAGGUCCUCCCACUCUCCAGCCACCGCAGACGGUCGCUGCUCACGCCCUAGUCUAACGUUACUCUAUCGUCUCUAGCUAAUUUAUCGCAAUGUCUCAUUCUAUCGUCCGUUUCCCGCCGCCCCCACCCACCUCCAACAAUCUUACGCCAAAGCAGCGGACACAGCUGAUGCGCUCGAGCAAGAAAUUGAGCCAGGUGCUUGGGAGCACCCCUCAUGUGUUGGAUUGGGCCACCUCUCUAGCACCAUCGCAUCUCGAUGCUCAGUCGCGCGCAUCGCAUGAUCAACCACAUCCACCAUCUGCACCGCUCGGGCACAGGCGAAGCCAGUCCUCGCCGCACGCAAACGGUGCUGCUAGGGAACGCAGCUCAAUUCGCCCAUCUUCUAGACCAAGCACCGCCAACUCUGCGCAUUCCCAGACGUCCACCGCAAGCCAUGCCUCAUCGUCUUCGUCUCGGGGUGAGCAGGCAUGGCGGACGCCGUACGACCCACUCCACCGCCCGCCGCUCCUCAAGCUCCAGCCUCCCGGGCCGCGCCAUAGGUCCAGCCACAGCGAGCGAAAGUCCACCUACAGCGACUGCGACACGGAGGCCAGCGUCCCCGACUCGCCGACCGCCCCGUCCUUCGCGAUCCCCUCCGAGGCAGCAAAUCGCCGCGCGAAGAUGCAGCGGCUCACGCGCAAACUCGGGGAUGGCAUCCCGCCAGAGCUCGUCUUCCCCUCCGCUGCCAGACCAGAGGCCGACUCGGAGUCAGAGGAGGAUAGUCCACUCCUCGAGACACCUGCCUCAGACAGGAGGCUCCCCUUCUCGCGCACCGUGCUGUCCACCAUCCCCGAGCGGCGGCCGACAGCUGCGAGCUCAACGCACGAUGAGCGUCAGACCCCGGUUAUCGCGCAGCCAGUCCUGUCGCCCCGCCCCGGCGGCGAGCGUCGCUCGUUUCGCCACGCGAUCUAUGUCAUCGACAGCCCCGACGAGCAUGGCCUGGAGGACGGCUGGAACCUCGUCUGCAUCGGCGACCCCACGAAAACGAGGACGAAGGACAGCUACACGGAGCUGCCUGCGUCUCCGAGGCGCGAGAGGGCGGGGGACGUGGUCUGCCUUGGGGUGUCGGCGAGUGCGGGCCCGAUGGGCGUGGGCCGCAGUGGGCGCUGGGUGAAGGGUGGCGUGGCCCUCGACCAGAUAGCUGCGCCGGGCUGGCAUAGUGGUGCGUGGUGACGAGGGGCGACGGUGUUUUGUAGACCGUGACCGCCAAGAAAUUCUUGACCGUAUGAACCAGCGGCUGGGCCGCACCAGUUAGUAAUGUCUUGGAUAUAUCCGUACAUCCCUUCUUGCUAUGUAUCGCUAUUUCACCAGAGCUAUCCGCGUCUGUGCUGACUCUUCCAUGUCGCCAGUUGUCACAAAGCAAGGAAGAGCACGAGGCGAAUGCCGAACAGAACG